UGGGGGUGGGGGUGUGGUAGACGGUGCGGGUGGGGGGCUGCUCGAGCGCGCCGCGAAAGUUUUCGCGCGAAAAAUUCCCGCGGGGAAAAUGGCGCCGCGCGGUCCACCGUGAAGAGGGAACCGCGUCACCUCAUCAUCGUUUUAUCGUCGUUCCUCCCUCCUGCAUCGUCAGUUGUCAUCGUUUGGCAUCUUGCCCUUUAGUCAGUCAUUGUCACGGCGCUGCGCGGCGGCGGCGGCUUCUCUCGUGGAUUACGGGCGACUCGGGGUGGGGAUGGUGGUGCUGGGGGUGACACCUGGAGGCAGCUGCGGAGGAUGAGAGGUGACGGCCGUCUCGUGUGACAUGGCGAGCUUCCCCGGCGUGCGCGCCACCUCCACGCCGCGGCCCCACAACGGCGCCCUCGUCGCUGGCGACCACGGGGAUACGUGGUCGUGUGACGACCUCCUGGGCGACAGCGGCACCGUGGGCUCCGCAUGGCUCGAUCGCAGCACCGACCUCGGCCUGCCCAGCUUUGGGCAGCGCUUGCACGAGCGGGCGACGCCGAUGGGCCCCUACGCGGGCCCCCUCCCUGUGACGGCGCGCUCGCUACCCAUGGGGCGGGUCCCCGGCUCCCCCGAGCGGGACCCGGGCCGGCCCCGUUUUGCCCGUGCAGUCUCCGAGUCGGACAGCGAAGAGGAGGAAGAGGAGGAGGAGGAGGAAGAGGAGGAAGAGGACUACCUGAGUCCCCUCAAGCGGCAUGCAAGGAGCGGCGCCGAGCGAUACUCACGGGCCCGCGCCGAUGCUGGAGAUGAGACAGUGACGGAUGGCGUGGAGUGGCGGGAGAGCACCGGUGCGGCUACUCUGACGAGCGUGGGGGGAGAGGAGCGAGCUGCAGGAGCGAGGGCGGCACCCGAGAGGCCGGAGCCCGACGCAGACAGAAAGGGAGGGCCCACUCGGGCCCCCGUGUGCCGGCAUGCGCUGGGCCACGAGGUUUUGGCGCGCUGGUCCGACGGACUCUUCUACCUGGGCACCAUCAAGAAGGUGGACAGGAAGAAGGGGAGCUGCUACAUCACGUUUGAGGAUCGCUCCGAGUUCUGGGUCCUGUGGAAGGACAUCCAAGCACUGGGGAGCCCCCCGAGCGGAGAGAUGGUAUGCACCAUAUGCCAGGAGGGGUCGUCCGACUCUCCCAACGAGAUCGUCAUCUGCGACAAGUGUGGGCAGGGAUACCACCAGCGGUGCCACAUCCCCAACAUCGACUCGGAGCUCAUCGCGUGCGAGGCCUCCUGGCAGUGCCGCCAGUGCAUCUUUGUCACCACUACCAAGCGUGGCGGUGCGCUGAAGAAGGGUCCCCAGGCACGUGCGCUGCAGACGGUGAAGCUGACACGGCCGUACAGCCUAGAGGAGCUGGAGUGGGAUGCUCAGCACCGCACCAACAUGCAGCAGGUUUACUGCUACUGCGGGGGGCCCGGAGAGUGGUACCUGAAGAUGCUGCAGUGCUGUAGCUGUCGGCAAUGGUUCCACGAGGCGUGUACGCAGUGCCUGGAGCGACCCAUGCACUUCGGAGACCGGUUCUACCUGUUCGUGUGCUCCGUGUGCAACGCAGGACCAGAGUACAUCAAGCGCCUCCCCCUGCGCUGGGUGGACAUCACGCAGCUGUGCAUGUACAACCUUACAGUGGUGCACAAGAAGAAGUACUUUGACUUUGAGAAGGAGGUGAUGCCAUUCGUGCAUGACAACUGGGACAGCCUGCAGCUCGGCGAGCAGAUGGCCGACACUACUCGGCAGAAGCGCUACCAGUGUGUGAUGCACGCGCUCAUCAGCAACAAGAGCAAGUUCGUGUGCGGGCGCGAGAUCAAGAAGAAGCAGCACCUGUACGGCCUGCGCAUGCGUGUGCCCCCCACUCCACCCUCCAUGUCCCUUCCGGCCGCCCUGGGGUUCGCUGAGGGAGACGGCCCCCUCGGCCUCGCUAACAUCUCCUACCCGUCCCCUCCUCGCCCCACGCGACGGCGCCGCCUGUCCGGGCGUCCUCGCCGACCCGUGGCCAGAGCAGGGUCAUCCUCACUCACCGGACCAGCUGCCCUCACAGCCUUCCCCAGGACCGCCUUCGGCCUCGACUCCGUCAACCGGGCUCCGUCCCGGCUCAAGCGGGGACUCGGCGGGACCACGCCCCUGCGCCGCUCCCCGCGCGUCCCGGGAGGCGGUUACCGUGGAGACGAGGGCCCCGGGGUCCCGGGCGGUGGGCUGGCAGGGGAUGGGGACGCGGUGGGCCCGGGCCUGGGCGGGUUGCAGGCCUGCCUGUCCCGCCUGGCCCCCUCCCCCGGCCCCGCGUGCCUGGCGGGAGGCGGCGCCGAGGGCCGUGCGGCGUGCGGGGAGGCGUUCCGUGUGCUCGGCCGAAGGGUGGGCCCUGACGGGCGCGUGCAGUACCUGGUAGAAUGGGCGGGCACCACACCCGGCUAGUGGGGGGAAGGGGCGAGAGCGGAACCGGCCCUCAUUAUAGCCGUGGGCCCCGGGCCCUGCUGGGCCGGGGGGCGAGAGGGCCCGGCUCGUUCGUGGCGAGCUGCGCCGGUUUUAAUUUAAUCCUGAGCGGAAAUGAGAGGAGAGGAACCGGCGGGUAACGUCCAAACGAGCUUUAAUGCUGAGGAGCUAGUGUUUGAUUGCCAAUGAUAAGAGGUGCGCGGACGGGAGUCUCACGUUGCAGACGGUAUCGGGUUGGUCUGCGGCUGGGGGAGCGCUACCCCCUCACACACCGUUGCGUGCCCCCUAUGCGUUGCGUGCUACCGCUAGACAUGUAGUGAUCCACCCUCAGCCGCCCCCCCCCCCCUCGCGUGCUAUUCAUUUUAUUGGCGCGAUCAGAGAUCUCUCUUCCACUUCGAUAGGCCCGCCCGGCAGCGAGUUUGCCAUUUGCAGAGAUUCGCGGUUCGAAUCCUGCAGGCCGUACUGAUUAAUGCUGGCGUGCGUGUAUCAAUCGUAAAAAUACGCACCGCCAACUGCUUUGCAGUGGACGUUAAAAGAUUGCUCACGUCAUUUGAAGACGGGCAGGCCACUGCGGGUCCAUAUUUGAAAAAUCGCACGGCAAAUCACUUCAAUGGGAAACGGUGAAGCUGCUGGCAAUACUGCCGAAUGAAAGUGUCAAGAGGCUUCCCUGGGUAAACAGACAUCGUAAUCGUAAAUAAUAACAUAAAACUUAAUGCAUGUUGCUGCUAUUGUACUUUCCGUGCUUUCUGCGCACAACUCUUAUGCGAAUCUGUUCUCGCACGUCGCGUGAUGCCGCGUACAUCGUGAGCUUGAUAAUCGGAAUUUGACCACAGCUGGAUCGUUACACGCCUGCCGACUGCGGCCUGCGUGGACGGAGUCGCGAGGCCGUGGUCUCGCGACACAGAGUCGCGCGCGGGGGGCAUAUAGAGAGCGGACCGUCUAUCCGCGCGUUGUGCAGCGUGGCUCAGCGGAAUGAAUGUACCCUUCGGAUACUAAAAUAUACUGAGAUAGUUUAUAUACAGGAGAGUUCUAUAUGUACGCCCCGCAAAGCCGAAGGCGCUCUUUUUUUUUAUUAGAUCCUGCAUUUAUUUGAGUUGAAUCAACUAGGGGGUUCCUCGCCGUGCCUUGUUGUUGGUUGCUACGUGCGGUGUGAAAGAAGUUUAACGUACGUAAGCCGUGGCCUCGUUUCACCGCGCACACUUUGACCAAAAGCGUUUGACCCGGUGACCCUGACGACCCUGUUCCUGUGUCAGGCCUCGUCUAAUCCGUGCCCCAUCCAGGCCACGGUUACCAGGAUUGGCAGCGAGGAGCUUGGCCAGGUCUCUGUUAUUGCUGCUAUUGAACUUCCAGCGCACAACCUCCACCCACCCCCUCCUCAACCGCGUGCCAGCUCCCGUCGCUGCCGCGCUGCCACAGACGAAGAAAGUAAAACGCUACUCAAAAAUGUUAAAACAGCUCUUAGGCUGCGCAUCUCACAAUGUUUAAACACGAGCACUGCCCCGCGCACUUGCCCGGGAUGUAACCUCACCCUCGCCUUUGCGCGCGCGCGCGCGCGCACACGUUAUGGUAGGCGUUCGGCUUCAAGUGCGAUGGUGUCGUCGCAUCAUCCUUCACCCCUAGAGGGCGACAUCACCAAGGCAAAAAGCCGAAAGGCUGUGGCUUAAGGGAUGAUUAUGACAUCAUGACGGCGUCACACAGCCCCCCCCCGAAGGGUGACGUCGCUGCGGGGAAGCCAUAGGCGUGGGUUACGGGACGAUGGUGUCGUGCCCAAACAUAGGGUUUAAAUGUAAAUCAAUGGGAAAGGCACGUUUUUGGCUGCCAUUAGUUUGUAUUUGAUGUUGUUUUUUUUUAAUUUGGUAGGGGGGGGGGUUAAAUGUAAAUUGGGAGAGGUGACAAUUUUGCGGCAAUGUCCUCGCCAUGAGAAGCAUUCGGCUUUAAAUUAGUUUUUAUGUCCGAUACACCGUACGCGAGGAAGCACUUAAGAAAGAGGCGGUGUUGGGCAAUUGUCACCUGUGUGUGACGCCAGCCGUAACGACCUGGCCCUCCCCGAUGCACUUAACCAGGAAGUAUGGGGGAGAGCGACGAGUGGCACUGUGAGGGGAGUUGCCGGGGCCGGGCGAUUGUCAGGCAUGGGGGGGGGGGAGGGGGCACGAAGCCGUGGCUUCGUCUGCAGCCUUGUUACUGAAAAACCUGGUUUCCACGUCUCCCCAUUUAGCCGCGAAUGAUGUACGCAUCACUCGCUAUCAUGGCACGGUAAAUGCAUUUGCGGCUCCCGGUCCCUUGUUCCCAUCACGUUGACUCCUCAAAAAGUCUUGGCAUGCUGACAAAUCGGUUGGAGCUCGCGUCAAGGGGUCUCAAAUUGCAUGUGAUCGACCACAAUCGCGAGGUGAAACUGCGCUCGGCGUUACAGCCGGUAUCUGGCUGUGACACCGGCGUCAGUUUCGUCCUCUUUGAGUGAGCCUCACCAUGAUUUGGGCAGCGCGGUUUUGACUUUUGAGAGGCCAGGGAAAAAUGGGCUCCUUGCAGCUUUAUAAUUGAGGACUUUGUACCAGAGCAGAAUCUGUGGAUAAUGAGGAUUUGCAUGUUUUUAAAAUAAUUCUUAUGCUAUUUAUCGGCUUUUUAACGUUCUAAACUUCAUAUUUACCCGUUUUGUAUCAUUUAUUUUGCGCGUUUCGGGAAGUCCCAUAUUCAUCUUCAACGCAUCGUGUGGGUUUGGGUCCUUGGCCUCGUGUGCAGGUCAUCGCCGCUGUGGCGUUAGCCCUGUGUGAGCACGGAGAGAGAGAGCGGUUUCCCUGGGUGGGGACUGCCCUGUCUGCCGGUCUGCAGGGGGCCCCAUACAUCCUACAUUCCAGCCAGUUCAUGGACCCGGUUCGCAUGUUAUUAUUUCACUUGUAUUGCCACCUGAGGUGACCAAACGUUCGUUUUAUAAUAAAGCAAUUUAUAAUGCGUACAUUUUCACGAAAAGGCAAAUUCUCAGUCGUGAUGCGAAGGCUCCACGUAGCCAGGCUCAGUUACUCAUACGCUCCACGAAACAGAUACAAGGCCUUCAUCUGUCUUUUAAAAGUGUCGAAUUUGAUGAUGCUGCGUUUAAAGUUUAAUUUUCAAGUUUAAUUUUCAAGUUUCAUUUAUUAGGUAUAGCCCUGUGAGCCAUGCGGCUCUUAAAGUCGGGUGCAACCGCAACAGACAAAAUUUGAACGCAGAACAUCUUAAAGCGACGUGUAACAGAAACAUCCUGGAAUAAACCAGCAUAUUUUCCACACAAAAAACGUAUUAAAACGCUGUGUGCAAAAAUCAAUGUGUUGCAAUCCAACAACAACAACCAUAAGACAAUUUAGAUUAACCAUAUGUUUGAUGUGCUUGCGGAAAAACGGCGAUCUGCCAGAACAGUCGUGGGUCGGCGGUAGGGGGUGGCGAUCGAAUUGAGGGAUGAGGUCCUUCGUAGUGCCUUGGGGUUGACUGACGGCCCUCUAAAACAAAAUCUAAUGAUUAUUUUAGAUAGCGUCGUUCAUGGAAAUUGUAUCUCACAAUCGCCGAGGAGCCACGGACCAAGCUGAAAGGCUACCGGGUGUUGAGCCAGCGCCAACAGUUCUGCAGUCCUCUGUAUAUUAAGAUGUUUUCAGCAAAUUAGUGUUCAUACAUGUGGGAGGAAACCAGAGCACACGGAGAAAACCCACGCAUGCGAGGGGGCAGCACUAUCCUAAUCAGAAUGGACGGAUAAUGUUAGUCCACACUUUACUGAAUUGCAAUCUGCAUGGCAAGCUCGGGUAUUGACUCGAUGCCCGUGAGAAGGGGAGUUUGGCAACAUUUGUCCGAUCCACCAAACCUCGUUUCCACAGUGUUGGAUUAAGGGUUGACGUGCAUCGCCAUCACCGCCUGGCAUGGGUUUUAAGGACUGCCAGAUAAUUGUGGACGACUGUGGAGUAAUUAUUAAGUCACCACGUAUUCUGCCGAAUCCAUACCGGUAGAACCAAACCCCCAUCUCAAAGCCACGCGGACUAUGUUGCUAUUGUGCUCACACGAUGCAAUUAUUUGAAUUUGUUUGUAUUUAUUGUUAUGAACAGUGGUGGAAAUGUGCCUGUAUAUGACCGUGUUUGCCAACCGGCACUUUUCAGAACCACACCAGCACGACUCCGUACACCAAACAGGCCAGGCCGGCACAGUUCCUAUUCCUCCGCAGAGGGGAGGCUGUAAUGAAAAUGUGACUACGGGACAAAUGGGUUUCAUACCGGGACUUUCCACCACUGCUUAUAACCAAUAGGUAUGGUGUGUGAGCACCACACCUCUUGUAAAUGUGUACAACUUGGGUGCCAUAGUCCCCCUGGAACGAGAUGGUAUAUAGGGGUGACGGAGGCGCAGUGGUAACAUUCACGUCUCGCAACAAGAGGGCCCUCGGUUUGAUUCCAGAUUCGGGCGCAUUUAUGUGUAUGGAGUUUGUGUGUUCUUUCCCCCUGUUCCAAACGGGUUUCCUCCCACAUAAAUAAUGUAACUGAUAUUGGCCAAACAUCCCAAUGCUGCAUGAUUACCUGCAAGCUUGGCAGGACCCUCUUUAAAAAAAAAAAAAAUGUUGAGACGUAAUAAAUACGUGGCCAGGGACGUGUCGGGGAUUAAAUUAGUCUUAUCUGUCAGGACGAAAGUGGGCUUGGGCAGAACACACCAUGCUAUAAGAAGAGAUGAUGGACAAGACUGAUGAUGGAAUGGCAGCCGAAUGAUAGGACGACCACUGUGGAAAUUUGAGAAACGAGAGCGGCCCAUGUGCAGGGGAUAGCCUUAAAUCAGCAGUUUAUAAACCGCGAGUGGUGGUGAACGUUCGUCGGCUGCCCGUGUGGUGGUAUUAAGGCGCGUCCCUGCCUCGCGGACUAAGCAGCUGCUGACAACGCUAGAGCCAUUGCAUGGUUUAGCUGCUGCUGUUGAAGCAAUGUUACAUCUCCUGCACAAUGAGCGGAAUAAAUAUCUGCAUUUUAAUAGCG